CAUGGUCCUCAAGGCCCUCAUGACGACUCAGGAGGUCAAGGCCAACCAGCUGGAGCCUCUCUUCAACAGCGCUGUGAUCAAGCAUGCCCUCUACCGUCUCAUCACCGAGUGCAUCCGCAACUCACCGCCGUCCGACGAGAGUGAGGACGACCUCACGGCAGCAUAUGGCGGGGCCAGCCCCACCGACGACAGCAUGAACACACAGCUCUUGAUGUACUGCCUCCCCCCUCUCGUCACAAGAACUCCUCAAGAUCCCCCCACCCCCCCCUACCCCAGCGGCGCCCGACAACACCGCCGGCACUUCUGGCGCCACACCCACACCACUCCCUGCGGCCCCGCAGGCCCCCGCUGCUGCAGCGGCAGCCAUCCCGAGCCCGGCGGCUGA